AUGAAUCCACACCAGAUCCUGGCCGCCAUCGAGCUGGCCGUCUACCUCGUCCUCUUCGCCCCUGUCAUCUUCUGCACAUACCACUACCUGUCAAAGAAGAGGCAGACGGCAUGGAUCUACCUGAGCGUCUUCGUUCUCGCCAAAAUCAUCGGCCCGGCAAUGUACCUCUCAAUGGCACACCAAUCCAAACCCUCAACAGGCCUGCAAAUGGGCGCCCAGAUCCUAUACACCAUCGCUCUCGGCCCCCUCCUCAACGCGACCCUCUCGCUCGUCAACGCCUCCUCAAAGUCUAAACCAAAGGAACCUAGCCCGGCCUACUCCUACUCCCCCGUCGACGCACCCGCCCCUUCCCCAAUGCCCAAUCCCUCCAAAAGCUCAAAGGGUGGACGACUUGCAGACCUCACCCCAGUCAAUAUCCUCCUCCUCGCCCUCCACCCAGUCAUAAUGAUCGGCCUCGUCCUCGGCGCCAUAGGCGGCUCAAAACGAUCCCCCGACUCCUCCGGCCACAUCGACCCAGACAAGUUCGCAAAGGCGGUUACAUUCUCCAAGGCCUCAGCGGCGCUGUUCAUGCUCGGUCUUGCGGGUAUAACGCUGGGCGUGGGGUUGCUGUGGAAAUCGCGCCGUAGCUUUCCGACGGUUAAUUACUACAUCACGACGUGUAUGGCGGCGGUCAUCCCCUGCUUGUUUGUGCGUGUGCUUUACUCGGUCCUUACGGCGGCGAGUCUGGAUAAGCAUGAUAUGACCAAGGUGUCGAGGUUUGAUGUGUUGAGGGGUAGCUGGGUGGUUUAUUUCUUUUUGGGGUUUUUGCCGCAGAUUUUUAUUGUUCUUGUUUAUGCGGGGUGUGGGAUGAUGGCUUAUGUGAAGGAGAGGAGGAGGGUUUAAUGUAAAAGACCUGUUUCUGGUGUAAAUGGAUGUUGUUGUUUGAUUAUAUUUUAUUUCUCUUGCAUGGCAGUUCUGGGUAUGGUUAUUGCGGAUUGGCG